AUGCCGACGGGUGAUCCGAUGGAUUCUUCACCACCAUUCAUGCCUCGCGUCCGUGCCUACCUCAGAUCCGAAGGCUUUCCAGCAGCAGAGUUCGAUCUAGAGGCCGAAACCGAGGCUUUCUAUGCACAUAUCCAGCGGAUCGCGGCCAAAAUGCCAAAACUGGUGGAAACACUUGACCAUCUCCAAGCAGAACUAACAAAACCACUUUGUGACAGCUUCCAGUCCACCGAGUCUUACGCCUUCUUCAAGAACAAGUACAACACCUUCCUCGAAGACAAGUUGCUCGACAUCUACCACGACAAGCCUCCUCAACUGUCUGCAUUCAACUUGUUCCUCUGGACACUGCAAUACGAGGCGAAACAGACCGCGGGCCUUCUUUCGGGGAGAGAUGACCACGGCCCACUGCCGCCCACCUUCAGAAGCUGGGUGGCGGUGAUGCUUUCCAAUGUCAUUGUCUUUCAACACCACAAGCUCAUCAUUGAAAAGGAGCAAGUCAAGAAAUGGAUCCUGGAUAUCUUCCCCACCAUCGACGAUGAAAGCAUUGCGUAUGGAGUGCCAGGGACGCUAUUGCAUCAGACAUGGAAGUCUGUGUACGACCGGCUGCAAGACUUCAACCGCAUCCUCACGUUCAUGUCGGUUGGCCACUCCAACCUGAUGGCUGAGGUCGAGCAGCAAGGAGGUGGAGAGCUCAGAAAGGACGGCCCACGGAUGCCUGUCCACGCGGUGUUGGGUGAAGAAGUCACAAAAGUGGAUCCGAAGAUCGAAAUACCCGACCUUGCUAUUCCGGAGGAUCUCGAAGCACCGCCUGCCGACAUUGAAUCCGAGGGGGACAGGUUUGCGUGGCUGCCUCUAAGAGUUGUGUCAACUAGUGGUGAUGAACUUGGUUAG